GCUACUCUACUGUCAUAGCGUCGACCUUAACCUCGACCUGCACCAGCCAAGCGGAACUAGCAUGCGAUGUAGUACAUAGUGACUUUGAGGCGAAGUUCUGCGUCACUUCUCCCCUCGCUUCUAUUUUCAACUUCAUGCCCUGACCUGGAUUUCAAGAUUCUUUAACGCAGAGCUCAACUACUCGACUUGCGCUACAGACCAUGAUCUCUGUAACUCAAUUGUCUGUUGUCGUUGGUCAGGGUAGCAUUCGCUUGGGACGCUUCGCCGAAUAAGCGGGUGAGGUUUCUAUCGGAACACCGAAAAUCGCUGUUAUCAUUACCUUUUGCCUCAUUCGUCCCAGCAAAACUGUUUGAUGGAGAUCUUGAUAUACGUCAUGUUCAUUCGCCAAUCUGUGAAAAGAUGGGGGUCCAGCGGAGAUAUAUCUAGAUAUCAAUUUUCCCAUACUCCUAUGGGCGAAUCUAUAUUUCGAUAUCUACUUGUGUACCUACAUCUUACAUAUUCACCAUUUCGUUUUGCACUUGCGAGAUUCCAGAAAAAUGUCGGAACCUGAUCCCGUACGCAUCGAAACCAAUAUCUUGCCCAAGCCCAAACUCAUCAUCGUAUUCUGCGGUCUAGCAUUCUCCCUCCUGAUAUCCUUCGUCGACCAAAACUCCAUCGGAAUAGCUUUACCCAAAAUCGGAGAAGAGUUAAAUGCGGCCACAACCAUUGCAUGGGCCGGUACGUCUAGUUUGAUUGCCAAUACCGUAUUUCAAGUUUUGUAUGGACGACUUAGUGAUAUCUUCGGACGCAAAAUUGUCUUUCUUUGCGCGGUUGGUUUGCUUGCCUUGGGGGAUUUGUUGUGUGGAUUUGCACGGUCGGGACCGCAGUUGUAUGUUUUCAGGGCCAUUUCUGGCGUGGGAAAUGGAGGCAUUACGGCGUUGACGAUGAUGAUUGUUUCAGAUGUUGUGACGCUUGAGGAUAGGGGGAAGUAUGUAUCUUCCCCGACCCUUUCUUUACAUCGAACCCUCAAUUAACAUAUUUCUCUAGAUAUGGAGGGAUUUUGGGUGCUUGUGUGGGACUUGGGAAUACCAUUGGUCCGUUUCUAGCAGCAGCUUUUGUUCAGAAUUCGACAUGGCGAGGCUUAUUUUGGCUUAUCUGUCCCACGGCUGUCAUUUCUGGGAUUCUGGUCGCCUUUACUCUUCCUCCAAGCAAGGUCCACGGCAGUACGAAGGAAAAAAUCAAAGCCAUCGACUACUACGGCACCAUCUUCAGUUCAGCAGCAAUCAUGCUCCUCCUCAUCCCUAUCUCAGGAGGAGGGACCUACUUUGCAUGGUACAGUCCGAUGGUCAUUUCCAUGAUUACUCUGGGAAGCAUCUGUAUGCUCAUCUUCCUCAUUGUGGAAUGGAAAUUCGCCCGCAUGCCCAUGAUGCCCCUACGACUCUUCCGCAUCCCAGCCGUAGCCGCGAUCAUGGCGCAGAACUUCCUCUUGGGAAUCGUGUACUAUAGUCACCUCUACUACCUGCCCAUCUACUACCAAGAGGCACGUCAAUUCUCGCCUAUUCUCUCUGCAGCCCUCACGAUCCCUCUCGUGGCGAGCCAAUCCGUGAUGUCUGUUCUCUCGGGACAGUAUAUUAGUCGAACUAAGAGAUACGGAGAAGUGAUCUGGGCGGGCUAUGCAUUAUGGACUCUAGGCGCGGGUCUGAUGUUACUCUGUACUCGCACCACUCCUCAGUGGCAAAUCGUCAUCUUCCUCCUCAUUGAAGGUGCAGGCGUGGGAUUUGUUUUCCAACCUACACUUGUAGCAGCCCAAGCACACUCCAAGAAAGCUGAUCGCGCGGUGGUCAUUAGUGUACGGAAUUUUCUGCGUCAAUUCGGUGGUGCAUUGGGUCUCGCUAUCUCCUCUCUUGCCUUCUCCAAUUCCUUGAAGGACUCCUUUGCUCUGAUUGCAUCUACCCUACCCAUGGGAUACGUGGACCAAGUUCUGGCUUCUCUUCUGAGUAUUCCUAAUAUCGCGGCGUUGGAUGCGACACAAAGAGAGGGGGUCCUGAAUGCGUACAUGAGUGGUAGUCGGACCGUUUUCUAUCUUUGGGCUCCGAUUAUGGCAGUUUGCUUGGGGUUGUGUGCGUUUAUUAAAGACAGGGGAUUGCAGAGGGAGGAAGAGAAGAAGAUUGAUGACGAUGAUAAUGAGCCGAAUAGUUUUUAUACGGAUUUGGACGAGAUUUGGACGAGGGUUCAGGAGGUGAGAGGGGGGUACUGGAGAUGA